GUAGACUCCAGGUCCAGGUUGGACCCUCCAAUACCCGCAACGUAUUUUGGAAACUGCAUAGUGGGUCGUGUAGCAGUUGCAGAAACCAAGGGGCUGUUGAGUGAAGAUGGACUGGUUGUAGCUGUAAGUGCAAUUACAGAAGCUCUAAGAAGCUUGGAGAAAGGGGUUUUGGAUGGGGCAGAAGAUUGGGUUUCGAACUUUCUUGAUUUUUCGCUGUAUGAUAGGAUAUAUGCGAUUGCAGGGUCACAUAGGUUUGAGGUUUAUGAUACUGAUUUUGGAUGGGGAAGGCCAAAGAGGGUUGAGGUCAUCUCCAUUGAUAAGACGAGUGCCAUUUCUCUUUCGGAUAGUAAGAAUGGUGGUGGAGGUGUUGAGGUUGGCUUGGUUUUGAAGAAACACUAUAUGGAGGCCUUUGAUGCUCUGUUUUCUAGCCUAGUGCAUUAG